AAUACUCCCUCCGUCCCGCUAUAUUCGUCCACUUUUGACUUUUGGAACUGUUCAUCUAAGCACUUUGACUCAUCAAAUUCUCUCAAUGUGUAAGCCUAAAUAUAGUCAUGCGUGAUCUUGUUUGAUUUGUCUUAACAUAUAGAUUAUUAAUAUAUACCGGAGUAAUUUUUAUAAUUUUUUAAUAUACAAAUUACACAAUAAAAUGGAUUAAAGAAGUGUAUUGGAUGGUCUGCAAAAAUGAGAGUGAACAAAUAUAGUGGGACGGAGAAGUAAGAAAUAAUCAUAAUGUGAGAUUCACUUGAUUAACUGAAAAAUCAAAAUGAAUGAAUAGUUGAAUACCACUGUUGCAAGCUCAGUCUCAUUGUGUCUGGUUCUUGGCUUCUUAUCUUAUCUGAUUAUCCAUUACAUCAUCUUCCCUAACAAGCUUUGAUCAUGAGUUUAUGCUUCCUCUGCUCAAAUUUUACGCCUUCAAUUUCGCUCACCGAGCCCGAUUUCCGCUGGGUUCCCAGGCCUCUCCGGCAGGUCCGAUCCGUCCACCCGCGGCGAACAAAGCACGUUUCUCCUGGUUUUCUUAGAGCUUUUGAAGAUGGAAUCGGAGUCUUAUCUCCGGACGAUUCGGUUCCCGUUCGCAACCCUGUGAUCGAGGCCGGCAGUGAAGACGAAGUUGCUGAUCAUCUAGAAGGGUUCAAUGUAGAUGAUGCAAGUGUCGAACCAGAAGAAAAUGCUCAAAGGCCUGCGUUGAAGAGAACUGGCGAGGGUUUUGAGGAAAAAGCCUACUUAGUAGGAGUUGCCUGCAAAAGCAGCAGGGAUGAUUCAUUUGACAUUGAGGAAUCACUGAAAGAGCUGGCUCAACUGGCUGACACUGCUGGACUAGUGGUUGUUGGCUCUACAUUUCAAAAACUAUCUACUCCGAAUCCUAGGACGUAUAUAGGAUCUGGCAAAGUGGCAGAAGUAAAGAGUGCAAUCCGUGCCUUUGGAGUUGAGACUGUAAUAUUUGAUGAUGAACUUUCACCGGGGCAGUUGCGUAACUUGGAGAAAUCUCUUGGAGGUGAUGUCAGAGUGUGUGACCGCACUGCUCUCAUACUGGAUAUAUUUAACCAACGUGCAGCCAGCCGUGAAGCUGCUCUGCAGGUUUCACUAGCACAAAUGGAGUACCAGUUACCACGGCUAACAAGAAUGUGGACUCACCUUGAGCGUCAAGCUGGAGGGCAGGUCAAAGGUAUGGGUGAAAAACAAAUUGAAGUUGAUAAGCGUAUAUUACGUACUCAAAUUGGGAUUGUCAAGAAAGAGCUAGAAUCUGUCCGGAAGCAUAGAAAACAGUAUAGGAACCGACGCACCUCUAUUCCUGUCCCUGUUGUGUCUUUGGUUGGAUACACAAAUGCUGGAAAGAGUACUUUACUGAAUAGGCUGACAGGGGCUGAUGUUCUUGCUGAGGAUAAGUUAUUUGCCACACUUGAUCCCACAACACGAAGGGUUCAGAUGAAGAAUGCGAGAGAGUUUCUCCUGACGGAUACAGUUGGGUUCAUCCAAAAGUUACCAACUACGCUGGUUGCUGCCUUCAGGGCAACAUUGGAAGAAAUAUCUGAAUCAUCACUUUUGGUGCAUUUGGUGGACAUCAGUCAUCCAUUGGCAGAGCAACAAAUUGAAGCAGUGGAUAAUGUUCUUUCGGAAAUUGAUGCAUCUUCAAUUCCAAAGUUGAUGGUAUGGAAUAAGGUUGAUAAAGUUGCAGAUCUGGAAAAGAUAAAGUUGGAAGCCAUGAGAAAUGAGGCUGUUUGCAUAUCUGCUUUUACUGGUGAAGGGCUCGAUGAGUUUUGCGAUGCAGUUCAGAAGAAACUGAAGGAUACUAUGGUUUGGGUUGAAGCUUUGAUACCGUUUGAUAAAGCCGAACUCCUCAGUUCCAUACAUCAAGAUGGAAUUGUUGAUAAAACUGAAUACAGAGGAAAUGGAACAUCGGUGAGAGGGUAUGUGCCCCUGCGUUUGGCCAGGGCUCUCACCCCAAUGAGGCAAAUGUGUGUGUCAUAGCAUCUUACCCCUCUGUCAUAUUUUGUUGUACCAGUUCAAAGCUGGUAUCCACUGCACAUAAUUCACACAAUAGGUCAUAGGGCUAUGCUAGAACAACACCAACCCUGACACCACGAACAAUAACCGCCUUUCAAUUCGUACCCACACAAGAUAUAGAAUGUGGACAAACCGAAUUCUCCGACGAUUAUAUCGUGAUUGUGUACAAGUUUACUGACAGUUGGUUGUCAUUUGUGGUGUCAAAAUUGGUGUUAUUCUAGCAUUUUUUAAUGUAAAUAUUCUUAUAGAUGGGGGAUUGACUCAGUAAAUGUGUGUGUAUUCUUAGCUCCUGUGGUCAAUGGUUGCUUCAGUCACUCGUUGUCUAGUGGUUGGUUAUGUACACCUUAUGUACAACUUGUACUAACUUUGACGCGGUCAGUUUUUAGUAACUAGUAUGAAAUGUAAAUGUGGCGUAGAAGGGCUAUAUAACAAAUGACAUGCAUACAU